AUGAUCUACUUUAAAAGAGAACCAUCAGUGAAAACACUUGUUAUUUCUUCUGCUCCUCUUCAUUCGUUGUCGUCGCCUGCAUAUUCACCCCCGUCUCCUCCUCGUAACUCUUUUCAUAUAAAUAUAAAUGUGGUAGAUAUUAAGUCAACAAUAUCAAAUGGCAAACAGCAACAAACUUCAUCCGAAGAACAACAUACUGGAUUAUUAUUACUGAAUGAAAUCGCCACUACAUUUGUUAAUAAUAAGCCAGACCCAAUAGCAACAAUCAUCACACUCCCGCCCGAAAUCUUUAUCAUAAUUUGCUCAAAUCUUGCGGCUGGAGAUUUAUUUAGACUUUCCAAAGUCUGUCGACUAUUUAAUUCUUAUUUGUGCACUACCGAGUCUACGAGUACCCAGCAAAUUUGGCGUGCUGCCAGACUACAGAUUUGGUCGUGGGCCGAGCAUCCAGCACCUGAUAUAGUUGAUGAGAAAAGCUUUUUGGAAAUGUUGUUGGAGCGUCGAUGUGAAUGGUGUGGCGAGUUGCAUGCGUAUCAGUAUGAUCGAAGAAAGAAAUUAUUAUGA